AUGUUCUGUCUGGGUGUGGUCAGCAUGCACUCAUCAGGGAUAGGAGGUGGGGGAGUGAUGUUGGUGUACGAUCAAAUAUCAAAGAAAGCCACAGUCAUCGACUUUAGGGAAACUGCCCCAGCCACAGCUCACAAGAACAUGUUUAAAGGCAACGAACUUAAAGCCAAGAAAGGUCAGUCAAUUCUUUCCGUUGAUCGUAGCGCUUUUUAAAUUCGUUGUUGUUUUUCUAAAACCAAGAUUGUGUCGAUUGCUCACUUGAUUUUACUAACCUCAUCGAUGUUAUUCAUUUUUUUGCUUAGUGUAAUAUUAAUCAGUUCUGAUAUAUCAGUUUACAUGUCAUAAUAUCCAAUCCACCGUUAAACCUCUCCUAAACAGACCUUAGUUCAAGUGUUUUUACGAUUCAUCGAGUAAUCUUUAAAAAGAGAAAAAAAUCAGAUAAACUCACCCACCAGAUCGUUUUAUCAUUUAAGGUGGUCUGUCUAUCGCUGUUCCCGGUGA